GAGACGGCAGCCUCAAUUACCGAUAGACCGGACACCGCGAUAGCGCAGGCAAGAUCGGAGUCCCCUGCAUCAUCAUCGUAAAGUUGCAGUCGCAUCUUCCACCGGCACAAGAGCGUCUCAAUGCGUUCGCAGCGCUCUCGCGACGUGUGCGCCAUGCUUCUUCUCCCUGCGCCUUGAAAUCCGCCGCACCUACCCGUCCACGCCCAUGUCCGCCUCCACACCCGCACCCACGAGUAGCAGCCAUGCAAGUGCAAGCAGCUCGCGCCGCGUACCGCUGGACAAGCGGAAGCGCACCGAGACGAGCUGCGACAAGUGCAAGUCGCGCAAGCAAAAGUGCCGCAAGGAGCCCGGCCAGGAGGCGUGUCGCUACUGCAUCGUGCACAACAUCGAGUGCCUGACGACGCAGCCGCGCAAGAAGCGCCUGUAUGGGAGUGUCGAGGGACUGGGCACCCGUCUGGCGCUGCUCGAGGCGCUGGUGAAGGGGCUGCUUCCGGAAGCCGAUGUCUCGAGUACCGAGGCUCUGCGACAGCUCGCGACCUCGCACGGCAUCCCGCUGCCAGACUCGGCGGCCAACGACGGGCAGGGCGACCAGGACGACAGCGGCGAGGGUGAAGGAGACGACACGGUGUCGCUGCUCCCCGACCAGCAGGGCCAGGUGCAGUACAUUGGGCCGGGCAGCUCGCUGUCGUUCCACAUCAAGCUGCGCACGCUCGUGGGACGCGGCGCUCUACGCGAGUUUGUACUCUUUGGCAAGAACGCAGCCCAGGCAUCGUCGCCCACAGGCAGCGACGACCAGCGCAGCCUGCCAGGCCCGACCGCCGCCCCGACCGCCCACAACUCCGUCGCAGUCCAUGGCCGACACCUGAAUCCCAGCGAGCGGCCAAAUCUCGAGCUGCUGAUACGCGCCUUCUUCGAACACAUACACCCGGACUUUCCUGUCUUGCAUGAGCCCUCGUUCCGCGAGGCCUACGACGCAUGGCUGGCCAACCCCAGGAGUGCAGACCCGGCAUGGCUAUGCACCUUUACGUGUGUGCUGCUGCUCGGUCGACGAGUGGCGCGCAUUCCCUUUCCAGAAGACCAGGAGCGGCUGUGGUGGCAGAGGACACAGACGCUCCUUCCUGUUGUCAUCUUCACGUCGAGCAUCACAGCCAUACAAGCCCUGCUACUGGCUGCGAUACACCUCCACAACACGAACCACCGGGACGCUUGCUGGAACCUGACUGGUGCCGCCGUUCGCAUAGCGCACGCCAUCGGACUGCACCAGGACAAAGUGAACGCCGGUCAAACACCGCUGGCCAGGGAGUCGCGCAAGAUACUGUGGUGGACGCUGUACGCUUUCGAGACGAUGCAGGUAUCCUCGUACGACCGUCCGAGUGCUAUUGAGAAUCCUGGAGCAAAGACCAGCGUCCCCAACGAGAAAAUUGUGGGCGGCCUCCCAGACUUCUUCGCAUGCUCAACGCGCCUGUUCAUACUGCUCGGCCUGACAUGUCGCGCGCCCAAGACCGUCAAGUCCAACGCCAGCGAUGAAUCUUACGUUGGCCCUUUAUCGCCCGCCGCCGGCGUGCUCCGUGAUUUAAUCCGAUGGAAGGAGCAGUUGCCCCGGCAUCUCCAGUUCGAAGCCAUAGACGCCUCACCAAUGCAACGAGCCCUGAUGCUGAUGCACUGUGUAUACCACUAUACCAUCAUUGUCUUGUGCCGCUCAGCCCUGCUUGCCCGCGCUUCUAUCCUGACCAAAACCGCCCAAGACUCCACAAACUCUGCUCUCACAGCCAUGGCAGAAGCUUGCUCAGAGUCUGGCCGAUCUCUGGCUAACAUACUACUGAGACUCGAGUCAUUGGGCAAGUUCGAUGCCGUCUUCUCAUGUGACAUUUGGUACACGCUUGCAUCCAGCUCGGUACUGGUCCUUGAUCUGGUAUGCUUGAAUAAGCUGGGCGGUACGGACAUGUCCGAGUCCAGGAUUCUGUUGUCUCAGCUCGCAGAUCUGGCACAGCGACAUAGGCGAAAUCCAUUCAUGCCUGGUACUAUUGAGAAAUUUGCUUCCCUUGUCCCGGAGUUGCAUUCCAUGGCCGACUCCCUAGCUUCGCCCGUCAGAUUUGCGGAACCGGAAAUGGAGACCCACGACACCGGGCCACACAGCUCACUCCCAGCGCAGCAAUUGUCACAGCCAGACGCAGUACCGCACAUGUACCAUCAAUCACCACCCGGUGUGGGCACAUAUAUGUAUGCGGAUCCUAUGCCCGGUCGUAUAUACCCAGACCAGGCCUACAUGCCGCCAGCUAUGCAUCCUAAUGCCCGAUUCGAUAGAACGACGCAGAUGCAGUUUAUGGACUUUACCAUCAACAACAUCCAUGAGUGGAAUUGGGCGGAUAUUGGGACGAUGAUUGGUCCUGAGGGCGUUCCGAAUAUGCCUGGAAACCACCCUCAUGUGCAUGGGCCACAACCGACCGGGCCGAAUUAAUCGCUGCCGACGAGGACGAUGUAAUCUUGAGAAUAUACCCCAAAUGCGAGAGCGAGUUCAGCUAAACAUGACUGGAUAUCCUGACCAUCGUGACAAUUGGUCUCCAAUGCUUGCCCUGUCUUAUCUCUAUCAAAGUUCCGACAACAGGGUCUACCAUGGGUUGAGCCCGAACGAGAGAAAGAGAUUCUUGUUUCGUCCGUUCUUCUUCCCGCAACUACUCGCAAGUCUAACUUGGUCAGUCGAAGAACGAGUUUAGGACUGGUAGG